GGUCAAAGCUCUCAAGCAUGCUUUGACCAGGCGCAUGUUUGUCAAUUCUGUAAUCAGCACAGAGAGACUUUUCAACCACAGAUCACGCACAAUUCUGUUCUUCGAGCUAUAUCCAGCACGACCCAUCACAGACGCACGUGCGCACUUGAACACGAUCCAUUCACGCGUAGCAACAGCUAUAUAUAUCGCGUCCCUCACGCUCACGGAGACGAGCAGACCAAAUCCACUACUCCUUCAGCAGAUUUUCCAUCAACACCUGAACAUGGAAGUUCCUGCGCUCAUCGCAUCUGUGCUUGUCACGGCGUUCAACCUCCAGCCGUGGGUCAUGAACCUUGUCACACGCGUCGCCGACGCAGCAGAGGGUACCCUCUUCCAUCUGCUUGGUUUCAUCUCCGCCGCGUUGGUGGUUGCGAUCGUGCUGUACGUCAUAUGCACAUUGAUCAAUGUCAUUGCUGCACCAUUCACUCGGGGAAAGACCGUCGGCCAAAUCGUGGCAAGAUCUCUUGCAAAGACCAUGGGUGGCAUGGCUGCCGCGUGGACCGAAGGAUGGACCGUUGCAACGAACCAAGGCCACGAUCAAGACAGCGACACCCAGCAUCACCACAAGACCGAACACAUCAACGCAAGUGCGGUAUGCGAGCACAAAGGCCUACGCCUUGUUGCUGGUGAGAGCAGCCCGACAUUCAAACCGAUUGUCGACGUCAAGCCAGAGCCCUCGACGGUACAGCGCACGCACGACAGGGUCGAAGAGGCUGAGGACGACAGGGAGCUCACUGAGAACAAUUGGAAGAAAGUGCUUUGAAGAUCCAGGUACGUGCUCUGGGUCUAGAAAUUUGAGGGUUGUUGCUGACCAUACUAGAGCUCGUGGGCCAUCAGCCCAUGGUUUUUCAUCAUGCUGUUUUUGACAUCGACGACUGCACUGGCGAUUCCGACGUGGAUACCGCCGUAGUCCGACCGUGUUUGUUCUCGACCCAGCCGCAUGCGCCACAAAAAGCAAUGACAACGAGCGAGAAGUAUGAGCAGCGCAGCAACGACCAUCGAAACGCGUUAUCGGGAUUCAACGAGAAGCGGAGGGUCGAUGGAAAGCCAAGGCAUUGAGCUGCGGAUCAGGUGCGCUAUGGCGCAUGGCAGAGAUGCUGUGUCGUUGAGAUGGCUUUUGGAAAGUUUUCUGGGGCCUCUUGAAGCAGUACUGCAGACUAUUUAUUGCAAGGAAUGACAAUGAUUCACGACGGACCAAGCGGACUUGAGCGGUCCGAUGGAUCGUACCGUUCCGGGCAAAAAGUCCAACGCUGAAAACUGC